UUGGGGGGGAAAAAGUACUUUCAGUUGCUGAUGAGUAGGAGUUUCAGCCUCUUCGUUUUUUACGUGUUCGCUGUGAUGCGUGCAUCCCUGUGUUAUGUAACGCCCGUGGUUACCAGCGCAGCAUCACAUGGUUGCUACCUUCUCUCUCAAGCUUUCUCUCAGUACUGGACACAAGCCGUAGUCGUUUCAAGGAUCGGUGCCAGACGGCCCGGAAGCAGGGAAGAAAACGGAUAUUCAUCUCUCUCUCCUCCUGCGUUGUUUUUUUUCUCUCUCUCCCAAGGUUCCUGGGGUGUUUAGUUUCCUGGGUCUCAGAAAGAAGUGAAAUGGAACCUUUGAUUAUGUAACGACGCGUUAUGUAAUACAGCCAUCGCCCGCUCCCCGGCACACGGAGGCCAGUGGAACGCUUACUGUCACCUUCCAGCUGCUUUCCCUUAACGUGUCCCAGCCGUCUUUGAAAUGGCCCGCAAUCUCGAUGUCGCAUUUCUUAGCGUCACAUAUUCAUGCAUUUAUAUGAAUCCCUCUGUCUCUUUUAAUAAAACGUUGAGCUUUCUGUUUAUACUCACCUUCAUCGCAAAAUAUAUAAGCCCUGCAGUAGCAUUAAACAGACAAUAUUGGUGUGACAUCAUGUUCCGUGUUUUAGGUCAGUUAAUGGUGAUAAGAUUUCAUAGUUAACAAGUAUGACAUUGUAGGAUGAUAUCAUCAGAGAUUAUUUUGGUAAUGGAAAAAAUGCACAAAGUGUUUCCUUAAAGUGCUCGGCGCCAUAAAUCUUUUAUAUAUCAUUCCUGGCUGUACAUAUGUAUAAAGAAAAUGUUCGACUUGAACCGUAAGUUACAAAAAAAAAACCUUGUAUCUUGGGCCCCUCUUCAGUGUGUAGUCUGUUAUUUGUUUUGGCCGCAUUCAAAUGAAACGCUGUUAAAUAUCUAUUAGCCUCCAAACUUUGUAAAUCCUUUGCAGUUUUAAGUUAGGCUGCUGACCUGUUUGCUGUGCUUGAGGUUAUGCGUUUGUCCAGUCAUGGGGACAGUCCCUCUUCUUUUUUGCUGAAUAUUGAUCUUAUCCCUCUUAAAUGAAUUUUACUGUAGUUUUUCUUCACUAAAUAAUUUGCUUGUUUGAAGAAAAGCUAUUGCUUGUUUGAAAAAAAACACCCACUUUUUAAAAUAGUGUUUUGAACAUUUUUUAAUGUUAAUUUAAGCCUUGAUGCUGGCUAAAGUAAGGGUGUUUAAUGGCCUUUUUCACCAGCUUGUUCCUCUAGGUGACAAAUCUGACACUUAAAUCUGUGGUUCACCUGUCAUUAUGCAGAUCUUAAAUACUUAGUCCAAAUUUUGAUCAUUUUUGGAGAUGUUGCAUAAAUAAAAUAUUCAUUUUAUUUGAAUGCAGUUUUCUUUCUUUUUUCUCUUAUGUGCUAUGUUUUUGUAUUGAUUUUUUGGUAUAGAAUUAUAAUAGUCAUCGUUUUGUCCAGCUUUUAAACAGGCUAUGCUGGUGAUCUUUGGUGAUUCAAGAAACUAAGUAUAAAGGUGCUGGAUUUAGCCUCUCACCUUGAAAUGUUUCAGUGUUACAGAACAGAUGGGCAUUUAUGAAAGUCCAUUAACUUGGGUAACUGAGGUUUUUUUUUUUUUUUCUUUUUUCCUGCUGUCCGAAUCAAAGGAGUAGCCUGCAUGUGCUAUAAAUAUGAUUAUAGGUCUUAAAAUGAUCUGCUGAUGGUGAGAGCUAUUUCCGGAAGAAAGAGAAGAGCGAGAGCUGUCCCAGCCCCAAUUAUCGCUAAUCAGCCAAACCUUUUGCCUUAAGCAGGGCACAAUUUUGCCUGCGUUAACUGACAUAUGUAGGUAUCGUUGCUUUUCAGUUGUUAUAUAAGUGUUCUGUAGAGUAAAGAGGAUGCCUGGUGAUCUCAGCCCAAUGAACAAUGAAGUCCCUAUUGGACCCCCCCCCAACUGGUCCUGAGCGCCUGUGGGGAGGAAACUCUUCCUUUUAGUGCAUAUAGUCCUGCUGUCAGUCAUUAGAUACCAGUCCGGUACCUUCUUUAUAUACAGGCGGUUUGUUCCUGUUUAUUUUAGGUUAUUAAUUUAGUGUUUAUUCAUUUUCACUUCGUGGUCCCUCCCUUUUCUGGAUUGGAUGUCGUCCUGAGCAUCCUCAGGGGACCUCUUUCAGCACAGAGAAUGAAGCCCAGGGAGGGGACACCUUGGGGUGGCAGGGCACCCCACCAUCUACCUCACCGUCAGGAGAGGCCUCGUCGCGGCCCUCAUCACGGCCCUCCUCCCAGCCAGACAGCCACAGCUCGGUCUCCCUUGGCAGCACCAAGAAGAGGAUCUCUAAGCCUGCUCAUAUGCGAAGGAACAUUCGCAAGAUCUUGCGAGAGCAACAGUUAGAAGCCGUAACCAAAGCUGCCCAGCAGGAGGAGUUGGAGAGGCGGAAGAGGCUAGAGCAGCAAAGGAAGGACUUCCCUGUGCCUCUCCCAGAGCUCACACAAGGGGAUGGUGUUCUGAGGCUGGCAGAUGUACCCCAGAGCAUAUCAUCAACCCCGGUCGCUAAGCAGGAGGUGAUCUGCCUGGACAGCAGUGCCAGCGCCAGCGAGGAUGAUACCGGGGGUCCGGUGAUCAAGGCCGCCAAGGAUGAUGUGAUCGAGCUGAGCUCCGGAGAGGAUGACACCCCGCAGAUCAGUGAUGGUACCAACGGGGAGGAAGACAGGGCGGGGACACCGGGCACCGAGGAGAGCAGCGGGGCCCAUGUCAACGACGCACUCAACCAGCCCGACGCAGAUGGCCGAGUCCUGGUCAACAUCAACCACCCCUCCAACGAGAGGGACCUCUACCUGGCUCCACAGAUCGCCAGGGUGGUCAAGCCCCACCAGAUCGGCGGGAUCCGCUUCCUCUACGAUAACCUGGUGGAAUCGCUGGAGAGGUACAGGACCAGCAGCGGCUUUGGCUGCAUCCUGGCCCACAGCAUGGGCCUGGGCAAAACUCUGCAGGUCAUCUCCUUCGUCGACAUCCUGCUUCGCCACACCGGAGCUCACACUGUGCUGGCUAUUGUCCCGGUGAACACGCUACAGAACUGGCUCGCGGAAUUCAACAUGUGGCUGCCUUCCCCUGAAGCCCUGAUCCCAGAGACCAGCCCCGCCAACGUGUUGCCUCGGACCUUCAGAGUGCACAUCCUUAACGAUGAGCAUAAGACCAUGACCGCUCGUGCCAAGGUGAUAGGCGAUUGGUCAGUGGAGGGUGGUGUGCUCCUCAUGGGGUACGAGAUGUACCGCCUGCUGUCACUGAAGAAGAGCUUCGCCACCGGACGUAAGAAGAAGUCCAAGAAGCCGGCGGCACCGGUCAUCAUUGAUCUGGACGAAGAAGACCGGCAGCAGGAGCUGCUGAAAGGCGUGGAGAAAGCCCUGUCGCGGCCGGGCCCGGACGUGGUGAUAUGUGACGAGGGCCACCGUAUCAAGAACUGCCACGCCAGCACGUCUCAGGCGCUGAAGAGCAUCCGGUCGCGGCGACGUGUGGUGCUAACCGGCUACCCGCUGCAGAACAACCUCAUCGAGUACUGGUGCAUGGUGGACUUUGUGCGGCCUGACUUCCUGGGCACGCGGCAGGAGUUCAGCAACAUGUUCGAGCGACCCAUCCUCAACGGGCAGUGCAUGGACAGCACGCCACAGGACGUGCGCCUCAUGCGUUACCGCAGCCACGUGCUGCACAGCCUGCUGGAGGGCUUUGUGCAGCGGCGAGGGCACGAUGUGCUGAGGUGCCAGCUCCCCUCCAAGCAAGAGCAUGUGGUUCUGGUGCGCCUGUCGCCCAUCCAGCGGGCUCUGUACACCGAGUUCAUGAACCGCUUCCGGGAGGCCGGGAACAGCGGUUGGCUGAGCCUCAACCCGCUCAAGGCUUUCUGUGUCUGCUGCAAGAUCUGGAACCACCCAGAUGUUCUGUAUGAAGCCCUGCAGAAGGAGAACCUGGCCAGUGAGCAGGACCUCGACCUGGAUGACCUCAACAGUAACCGGUGCCCUGCGCCCGGCCUGAAAGGGAAGCCGGCGGACUCGGCUAACAGCAGGUUUGGCGUGCCUGGGAUCGGCAUCCUGCACGAGAAAGCCAACCAAGUCAUCACGUACGAAUGGGCAAAGGAUAUCAUGGCCAACUACCAAACCGGGGUUCUGGAGAACUCUGCAAAGAUGGUGCUGCUAUUUCACCUGAUCGACAAGAGCGUCAGCCAGAGGGACAAAGUUCUGGUCUUCAGUCAGAGCUUGUCUACGCUGUCCGUAAUCGAGGAGUUCCUGGUCAAAAGGCCGAUGCCUCUAGGCAAAGCUAAUGCAGAGGGCCAGAGCCAGAACUGGGUUCGCAACGUCAACUACUAUAGGCUGGAUGGGAGCACGUCGGCAUCUGAGAGAGAGCGUCUCAUCAAUCAGUUCAACGACCCCACGAAUGAUGCAGCUUGGCUGUUCUUGCUCUCCACCAGGGCAGGCUGCCUUGGCGUGAACCUGAUCGGGGCCAGCCGGGUGGUGGUGUUCGACGCCUCAUGGAACCCGUGCCACGACGCACAGGCCGUCUGCAGGGUGUACCGAUAUGGCCAGAGGAAGCCCUGUUACAUUUACCGCCUGGUGUGUGACUACACCUUGGAGAAGAAAAUCUAUGACCGGCAGAUUUCCAAGCAGGGCAUGUCCGACCGAGUGGUUGAUGAUCUGAACCCGGUGCUGAAUUUCACUCGCCGGGAGGUGGAGUCCUUGCUGCACUUUGUGGAGGAAGAGCCUGAUCCUCACCGGGUUCACCUAGACACCACAGGAGACCUGGAGACGGUCAUCCAGCAGGCCUGCUUCCUCUACCCCCAUCUCAUCACCAAGCAACCCUUCCACCACGAUUCGCUCCUGAUGGACCGCAAGGAAAUGAAGCUCACCAAAGCGGAGAAGAAGGCCGCUAAGAAGGGCUAUGAGGACGAGAAGCGUGCCUCUGUGCCCUACACAAGGCCCUCGUACGCGCACUACUACCCAGCCAGCGACCAGAGCCUCACCAACAUCCCCGCCUUCAGCCAACGCAACUGGCGGCCUCCACCGCGGUCAGACGAGAAGCCAGUAGCUAGUGUCCGCCCAGUCCAGUCCACUCCUAUUCCCAUGAUGCCUCGGCAGGUGUCCCUGAGCUCAGGGUCCUCAUUGGCUGGCCCUAGUUCAGGUGUCCACUUUCCUGUCAACUACCUCCAGAAGGCUGGUGUUUUUGUACAGAAGAUCGUCACCACCACAGACAUUGUGAUUCCAGGAAGCAACAGCAGCUCGGAUGUCCAGGCACGCAUCAGUGCCGGAGAGAGCAUUCACGUGAUCAGAGGCACCAAAGGGACCUACAUCCGAACAGGCGAUGGGAGGAUCUUUGCCAUUCGUGCAGCAGGGAAGGCGAGAUCAGGAGAUGAGAGCGCAGCCACACAGCGAGAUGCUCAGAGGUCAUCCGAGGAGCCACCCAGCAACGGCAGUAACGGCUGCGUCUCCCUCGACCAUAAGCACUUGAGCCCGGACAGCUUGGUGCGGCCCGUGUCUCCCAGCAGCCCCGAGAUCCUCAGUGAGCUGCAGAGAUACAGCGUCAGGGCCGCUGAAGACUGUGGAGGCAGUAAGCCGGCAGGGUCGGUGAUGGCGGCGACGCCGGAGAGCACCAGCGAGACAGGCAGCGCCCAGGCCGAUGUGACGGGCUCACAGCCAGGGGCAAACGCUACCACGGCGCUGGACCUGCGGGGCGCCAAGCGCAAGGCCCCCACGCCACCCUCUGACGAGCGCACCCAUGGCAAGCCGGCCUCCGGCAAACGGACCUCCGGGUCCCUGGCGCUACAGGGCUUCCCGCUCACCGGCAACUACGGCCUUCCGUCCCUGGGUCUCAACCCGGCGUUGUUGGGCUCCAUGGGCCACACCAUGUUCAUGGGAGCCAGCCCACCCUACUUCCAGUCGCAUGGCCAGUUGGGCGACCCGCGCCUUAUGUUUCCCAUGACCUCUGACCCUUUCAGCGUGGGCAGCAGCAGCCUGCCCAGCUCAUCCUCGGCGGCAUCCCCGGUGUCCACCACCUCCAUGGCGUCCUCCACUGCUGCUGGGUCCACGUCGGCCUCCCUGCCCCACUUUAUGCUCAACCCCAGUAUGGCCGGAAUACUCCCACCCGGAUUCCCCCUGGCCUAUGGCCAGUCACUGAUGCCUGAGGCCAGAAUGUACGCGAACCCGCUGCUCCCAGGCGGGGGACUCUCUGCCUCCUCAGGUACUACAGGGUCCAGCUUCCUCUCACAUUUUCCUACCCCUAGCCUCCUGGGAGCAGCACUGAGGCAGCCGGACGUGCACACGGUCUCAGAAAACGGAGGCAGCAGCUCUGACGAUGACGUGAUCGAGGUGAUGGAACAAUGAGCUCCUCUCCGCUUUCUGGGCUGGGGGGGGAGGUGGGCGCUGGGGUAGAGGUAGAAGAUGAGUAAUGGAGGAGGAGGCUUAAAGAUUCCUCUACACACACCCACGCCGUCUGCCCUGCCCCACACUCUUCUCACGAGAGGGACAGAGAGAGAAGAUCGGGACCUGAUACAGAAACUGGACAAUAAAACAAAUCCUUAUGCUGAAAUUACUGAACGUUAAAGGUAAAUGAGAAGAAGCUGAGCAUGAGAGAAUUGGGAAGGGAUGAGGGGUCGCCGGCUGCUGUCGCACACUGGGCACUGGGCUCUAACCUGCAGUGACUCCCACGUACCUCCGGGGGGUGCUGUCUGUUCAGAAGUGUCUGGCAGGUCAGCGUAGUUGUUGUCUUGAAAUGUUUUCUUUAUUAAAACAGGUGAUUAGACUAGUUUAUUUGCUAGUUUGAUAGGUCUAGGAAGUAGUACACCUGUUGGGACGGAAAAAAAUAUCAGUGAUCUGAUUGUUUUGAUCCUAAUUAUUAUUGCUAAUAUUAUUAAUAAUUUUAUAAAUGGUGGUCAUGAUCAUAAAAUUGCCCAAAGGGUUAUAAAACUGUUCUGGUUAGUCCUUGGAAAUGCAGGCAAGUUGGGGAAGGGGGGAGGGGUCAUGUUUGGAAAUGAUGGGAAAAUGAUUGGGGUGAAACGAACUCAAACUCCUGGGGUUUGGGGGGGGGGGGACCUGUACUCCUGGUUUGUUGCAACAGAAUUUCUAUGAGAAAACAGUAAAACCUUAAAAGCUCAAAGAAUGUAUUUUCAUUUCAGCCUUUAAUGACAACCUGUUGCCACAGGAUUGACAAGCAGGUGUUGGUUUUGUUGAGGCCAUUUAAGCAUUUUUCUUUUAAUCGUGAGGAAGGGGGGCUGCAGAGACCAGCAAACAGUAUAGCAGGUACAGUCCACAUGUCCCGAGGGACAGUGAGUCCAGUCGCCUUGCUGCUUUCUCACGGAAUGUCAACAGUCAGACUCAGACAUCAUAGACAGCCGCUCCAAACCAGACUCUAGCCUGUUGUCCUUCAGCAGAUGUGCUAUCUCACAGUAAUCACUGCAUCCAUCCUGGAAGCUGGCCCCAAAUUGUGCCAGUGGUUUUUGCUUCACACACCACUUUUGUCUUCAAGACUUUAUGUUUAAAAAUAAAAUUAUGAUUUUAAAAAACAGCCUGGCCUUUCCCCGUUGCUCUGGAAUGACGGGUGGAGUGACCAAGCACCCUUCUCACACCCCAACCCGUGUGCGUAAGUACACCAAACCGGGAGAACAGAAUGUGUCCGAGGAAAGUUUGAAAUAGAGCACGUGCCAAACACUGACCGCUGCCAUCUUCUGAGAGCUGGAAAGGAAGUUAGCAUCUUCUGAGCUUUUAUACGGAGGAGUGUGAACUUGCAACAAUCCACUAUACAUCUCGACACCAAAUAUAUGCAGAUAUACGAAGUCUGAAUAUACCUUUUUUUUUUUUUUUUUUUACACUACCAGCUAUAACACCAUCGUUAUUUUUCAUUUCCAUGUAAGACAUAAAAGUGAACAGAAAGGCUAUUUAAUAAAUAAGGCUACUGCAGUCUCUCCCCCCCCCCCCUCCCCCUUAGGGUCCUAUAAAGUGGAGCACCGAAAGCCUGCAGGUCACCCUUGGUUUUAACUUCUGGAUUUGCUCAUCUCAGCUUCACACUACUGCUUUGCUGGAGACAUCUUUAUGGAAGGGUUCUGGCUUUAUGUUGAGCAGGAUGCAGAGUCAUAUGUGGGUAGCUGUUUUCUGCGUGCGUGCGUGCGUGCGUGUGUGUGUGCGCUUGUGUGUGUGUAUGAUUGUAAUUGUGUUUUGGGUGUGUAUAGAAAAUCUAGGCUGUUUACAUACUACUUUCAGAUACAUUUGGUGAUAAUUAUGCUUCCUUUUAUUAUUAUUAUUUUUUUCUUAAUUACAGUCUGUGUAUUAAUUCAGGUGGAAAGAGGCAUGUGGCAUUUUAAGCCUUUGGAAAGAUGGCAUGUAUCUGGGAACCACCCCACUGUGUUCGCACUGCUCUGGCCCAAAAAUACGGCGUUUCACGUUCCAGCUACUCAAAGUCAGAAACGAUGCUGUUGGCAGGUCAAAUGAAUCUAAGUUGUGCUUCUUCUUUCUCCAGACUAUAUUCAUUUUUUUAACAAUAUUUUCUUAAACUAGUUACCUUUUCUAUUCUUUUAUAUCAUCCUUAAAAUGUUAGUUUACAUUUUUUUCCCAUUGUAUAAUUUUUUUCCUAAUUAAUUUAUUUAUGUUGGUUUAUAUUUAUUAUUGUGUAUUUUAUUUUUGUAUUUCGCGAAAUGGACAACUGACCAAAGUGUGCGUGCAGCCUGGGACCGAUGAGCACAAGCAGUAUGUUCACCACAGGCUACUGCCGGCCAGAAUAAAUGACAUGGUAUUCUGCUGUUUACUCAGCUUCUCAUAGAUCGUGGAGUAGCAGGUAGCUUGCUUGUUAAAAGGAACCUUUUGAGAUCUUGGUCACAGUUUUUGUUGAGAAUACAUUAGCCAUCAGUCCAUUGCAGGUAGGGACCAACAUGCUUUUUUCCCCUCUCCCUUUAUGAGCAUUCUGCUGUAUGCAGUAAUGCUGAACAAGGAACUGAAAUAGCAUCUAAGUCUGUAUAAACACAAUCAGUUGAUAUGUAUCAAACGACAUAACGUUUUCCAGUUCUGUAUUUUUUUUACGUUUGUUAAUAAAAUAAAAAUAUUUUGAAUGACAUUCCAAGCUCAUUUACUUUAAAACAUCUUAGCCUUAGUUUAAUUUUUGGGACUUGCUGCUGUUGUCUUCAAAUUUGACUUUGGCAAGGAUUAAGCAGUUUCUGUUUAUUGUAAAUGACAAAUUUCAGACCCCAGGGUUUUAAAUUUUCAGUUUUAAAAAUAGUGAAAUACUGGUUCAUUCAAGUAAAUUCAACCAGAUGUUUAUAUUUCGAGCAUAGAAUCAACCCAAAUUGCAUCUUUGGACUUUAUCCCCAAAUGCUGACUUCUGAAGAGAAGUUUGACUGAAACUAAGUCCUGCACCCCCUCUCCUGCACCCUAAAUGGAUUUCUCAAUUCAUUGAUUAGAGACCAGCAUAUCUUGUCUUUGUAAGAGCUCUUGAACAGCAACUUUUGAAUGAUGCAAACUGUAAAUCACAUAUUGUCCAUGCCAUGGCACAUUUAGUGGUCUACAGAACAAUGUGCCUACAUUUAUACAAUACCCUGAAGUAAAUGGGUAAAUUCAUGUAGCGACUUUAUGGUGACAGCUGAUUAGUAACUCAGUCAUGUCAGUCCACUUGUUGACCUAAACUGUCACAAAAAAAAAAAAAUCCUGUGAGUUUUUGCAAGUUGUUUAAAAAGACUUCACUGUCGCAUCAGAAAUUUUACCCCAGUGUUGUCCUCUAUGACACUCAUUCUGCACAAUUCAUUUUCUUUCUCAUUUUUGUCUUUUCUAAAAGGAACAAGAGGUAUUUGGAAUGAUCUUUAAGUGCAUUUUAUUUGCCUGGAGUCCAUUUGUUUAUCAUGUGGAGUCUGGUGACGCCUUUCACCAAGUUCAUGCUGGCAUUUGCCAAAGAUACAGUUGACCUCCCCUCACCACAAUUGAAGUUCUUAAAACACAAACUUGAUGUUUUCCUGUGGUUCAGAAAAUAGUUUCCUUUUGGUUGAUGUGAAAUGUGAACUUACAUAAUUAUUCAGAACCAUUCAUUUUAUCUCUUCAAAUUAACCAUCGUGUAGUUUUGCCAUUUUCUAAGUCCCCAAAUGUAACAAUUGUGAAAAAUGUCAUGUGAUGUUUAUAAUUUGAGAUUUUAUCCAGAGUGAAAUAUACAUAAAGCGGAUGUGAUUUGUUGCUAAAUCUACCUAAAAUGGAAUUUGUAUGUGUCUACAUACAAACGUAAGGUUUAACAACUUUGGUUUGCCUGCAUUUACAGUCAUUGUAGACUCAUAAAUGUUGCGAUUUACUUUAAAGACAAAGUGGAUUAAGGUUUUUUCUCCAUUUCCUGUGAACUCAAUUUGUUUUUUUAGCUGUAUGAUUCCCCUCCUUUACCACAUCAUUAAUCAGAUAAUUUCUUCUUCUAGAAGCCUUAGAUUUAAACCAUUAGCUAUGCAAAGGUUAUUUUCAAUUAUAUUUCAAGAAAAGUGCUUUUUUUUGUAACUUACCACACUGAAAAAAAACGUGAAUCUGAGGAUGGAUCCAACAUUUGUAUAUGUGUUCAACAGGUUAUUCGAUGUCAGUUUUCCAAUACUGUGUAUCUACUCCAAAGAACGUUGGGGGGAGCCUCCUUUGAUUUUGAUCUGUGUUGCUGUGUUUUGCCGUGUGAUCUGUAUUGUAAAACAUUAACCAAAAGGGGAGGUAUGCUGAGACCAGAAACAUCUCCAGUGGUGCUAAAGAGCACUGAAGUUCCACAUUGAUUAUAGAUAUAUAUAUAUAUAUAUAUAUUUUAUUUUUUGGUUACACAACUCUGUGUAUGAAUGUGUAGCUUCUGAAGGCAAUAGGUACAGGCAAAAUUUAUGAAAAAUUUGGGAACCACUCUAUCCCCACUCCAUGGAUUGCCUGAAUAACUGUGGUCUGUGACAAACAUUUGCAGAUAUGAAUCCACACUGAUGGGCAGCAAGCACAGUACCAUGAAGAAAUUUGGUGUUCCAAUAGGAUAACCUAGUAAACUGUUCUUAAUGUCGUCUUUACAGAUGCUUGUGGCAGACUGGGGAGCUGCCUUAUGGAAAUGUUGCCUGUACGUACAUGGCUUUAAGAUGUUCAAGGCCUAUUAUCUGUAUGGCCAUCUAGGUCCCUGCACACCUCCUUUGGUUUGAGUAAAACUGCUAAUUGUCCUCUGUUCAUUGCCAUGUGCAGUAAAUGAGUAAAUGACAUGGUGAGAUCGCUGCUUACGUGAGCUGCAUACGGCAUGUGAGAGAGCAUGCCCAACACGAUGAGGUAGCUUGUACUAGAAAGGAGGACAACUGAUCGACUGUGCUUAUAGUCAUACUGCUGGUCUUCCCAGUCUGCUGAAAUGCUUGGGCAUGCUCCUUUAGUGGUUUCCGAGGAUUAUUUUUUAUUGUUUAAUAAUGGAAAUAAAUGUUGAUCGCAUUUAUUUUUGCUCUGUUCUUGUUAUUUCGAGUAGCACUUCUGCUGUUUAACUUUUUUUACAGGAAAAAAAAUGUAAUGUCAAUUUUGUGUGAAUUUUUUUAAUUUGGCUAUUCAUGGAAAAAUAAAGACUGUGUAUGCAAUUAAAAGUU